AUGUUUACAUACCUUCCUCAAAUGUUUUCGGCAGUUGAAAUUUUAGGGGAAGGGUACUUUGGUACUGUGUUCAAGGCUCAACACAUAUCUGACAACAAGAACUACGCCAUAAAAAUAUUGAAAGCAAAUAAAAUUUCUGAAUCCGAAAAAUUCAAAGAAAUAAGAAAUUUCGAACAAGUGGGGUACCACCCCCACAUUGUAAAUUACAUCAUGGGAUGGGAACAGGAAGCUGACAUAUACCCCAUGAUGCAGUUAUCCCAGACGAGUCUGGUAAACUACGUUAAAAUCACCAAUGAUGUUCCAGAAUUCGUCUUUUGGGACUGCAUCCGUGAUGUAUGUCUCGCUUCGAUCUACCUGGCAGAAAGACGUUUGGUCCAUUACGAUAUCAAGGAUGAUAACAUCCUAAUACACGGAAAAAACUUUAAACUGGCUGAUUUCGUCACAAUAGUUGAGAUAAGAGAGGAAGCUGACAUAUACCCCAUGAUGCAGUUAUCCCAGACGAGUCUGGUAAACUACGUUAAAAUCACCAAUGAUGUUCCAGAAUUCGUCUUUUGGGACUGCAUCCGUGAUGUAUGUCUCGCUUCGAUCUACCUGGCAGAAAGGCGUUUGGUCCAUUACGAUAUCAAGGAUGAUAACAUCCGAAUACACGGAAAAAACUUUAAACUGGCUGAUUUCGGCACAAUAGUUGAGAUAAGAGAGGAAGCUGACAUAUACCUCAUGAUGCAGUUAUCCCAGACGAGUCUGGUAAACUACGUUAAAUUCACCAAUGAUGUUCCAGAAUUCGUCUUUUGGGACUGCAUCCGUGAUGUAUGUCCCGCUUCUAUCUACCUGGCAGAAAGACGUUUGGUGCAUUACGAUAUCAAGGAUGAUAACAUCCUAAUAUACGGAAAAAACCUGGUACAAAGAAGUGGCUGA